CCCCAGUGUCAGACUGAACAACCAUGAAAGUUGCGCCAUGGAUAUGCCGUAGCUGUCUUACCCGAAUUUCGAGGUCUCCGCUUCGGCGGCUGGCUCGCUUCCAAUCUACGACUUCAACAUCAGAGUCGAUUUCUCCAGCAUUGCUGGCAAGAGCUCGUACGAUUGCCUCGGAACAGAAGGAAUUGACCGAAAAGCUUGCCAAUGGCUUCGACGCUCGCGCAGCAAAGAAACUCGGUCAGCAAUCAGCAAUUGUCAAUGCUUUACAAACAUGGGACAAAGCAAACGAGUCUGUGACCGAGCUGGUCUCUCUGAUUCACGACCCCACGACCGACGCAGAACUCCGCGACCUGGCCGCUGACGAUCUUGGCUCCUCACGAACAGCACUUGCGGAGGCUGCAAAGAGCCUGACGACCUCACUUGUACCUAUUCAUCCGUUCGCACACCUCCCAUGUCUACUCGAAAUACGGCCUGGCGCAGGCGGGUCAGAAGCUGCCAUCUUCGCGGGAGAUCUAGUUCGAAUGUACGAAUCGUUCUGCAACCGCAACAAUAUUCGGACGACUUUUCUGAAGUACGAGAAUGUCAAUGGCACUUCUGAGGCUGGAUUGCCGCUGUCCGAAGCCGUUAUCGAAGUCGAGUCGGAAAACGCAUACGGUCUGUUCAGGUGCGAGGCAGGUGUUCACCGAGUACAGCGCGUGCCAGUGACAGAGACAAAAGGCAGAACACAUACCUCUGCGGCCUCCGUGCUGGUAUUGCCUAGUUUGCAAGAAAAUAGUCUUGGGGAGGCAGAUUUUGAAGACCCAGAAAGUGACUAUUACGUCGACCUCAAAGAGGUCAGGGUGGAGGUGAUGAGGGCCGGUGGCGCUGGCGGGCAGCAUGUCAAUAAGACUGAGUCUGCCGUUCGGCUAACGCACUUACCGACAAACACCGUGGUCUCCAUACAGGACUCGAGAUCGCAGUCCAAGAACAAGGACAAGGCAUGGCAGCUGCUCCGGUCGCGUCUAGCCCAAGCCAGACGAGAGAAAAGGGAGGACGAGAUCGUUGCCAUGAGGAGAAGCGUCGUUGGUGUGGCGAAAAUGGGACGAGGCGAUAAGAUUAGGACAUACAAUUGGGGUCAGCAGCGGGUCACGGAUCAUCGGAGUGGCACAACAGUGCAUGAUCUAGACGAUGUUAUCCAGGGUGGCCAGACCCUCGAAAAAGUCAUGGAAAGUGUCAGGAACUGGCUCAUAGAAAAGGACGUAGAGGCCAUGAUUGCAGAGGAAGAGUUCGCAAAGAAAUAAACUUCAUCAUGGUGCGCUAAUUGUCACUACAGAGUGCUGACUUGCCAGGCUGUUCCCUUAAGUGAUUUUUGUGUCUACUACAGCAUCCACUGUUACUUUUGCAAAGUCUUGAUGCUGUCGACUAGCUACAACACACUCUUAGAAUCUUAGUCUAAAUAUUAAAGAAAGAUAGGUUUAUGGCCUACAGCUACUAUAAGUUUAUAAGUGUAUUUAUAAGACCUUAC